GACCUGGAGGCCGUCGGCUAGCAGGAGGGGUUAAGCCGAAGAAAGCUGCCGUAAAACCUGACGUGGAAAUGAAACCGCUGUUUUGGACAAGGAUUUUGAUAUCAGAUGAACAAGACGCUGGUGAUGUGAACAACAAUAAAUCCAAGAGCAGUAUUUGGAAAUAUAUAAAAGAGUUGGACUUCAAUAGAAAAGAAUUCCAAAAGUUAUUUGGUCGCAAAGUCAGCAAGAUGUCUAAAGGUGAUCCACGAAGGAUCUCGCUCAAAGAUGACAGCCAUUUUGCACACUCCAAAGGACAACAAGCCGCCAAGCUGCUCGAUAAUGGCCGAUCCCAGACAAUUGGUAUCAUCAUGAGCAGUCUAAGCUGUCAGUUGGAGGACAUAAAGGAAGCAGUCUACAAAAUGGACACCUCUGUCAUCGACAUGGAUGGACUGAAAGCGUUGUACGACAUUCGCCCCAAGGUUGAAGAAAUCGAGCUGAUCACAAAAUAUCAACAAGAGAAUCCAAAGAUUCCACUCGACAAACCAGAGGAGUUCUUGUUUCAAAUGCAUAAGAUGGAUCACUUUGCAGAACGCCUCGAAUGCUGGUUGUACAGGAAUAAAUUUACAGAGAACUUGACUGCCAUUGACAGAAGAUUAUCCGCAAUUUGUGAGGCCAGCAGUUUACUACGUACAAACGAAGACAUCUCAUUUAUACUGUCCCUAAUCCUGACUCUGGGAAACUUCAUGAAUGGCGGAACGAACAGAGGACAGGCAGAUGGAUUCCAAUUGAGUAUACUCAACAAAAUCAAAGAUGUCAAAACACAGGACAAUGGAACGAAUCUUAUGAAAUACAUCGUUCAACUUUAUUGUGACAAGAAACACGGCGGCGAGACGGGAGAUUUUACUCUACCAGACCCCUACGCAAUCCUCGCUGCUGCUCAGGUUUCGUUUAAGGAUAUCAAAGCAGAACUUGCAGAAGCUAAGAUAUCUUUAGCAACCUGUAAAGCCAAAUCUGAGAUGGUACUUGGGGGCGGCAGUAAUGUGCACCGCGAACCGUUUGAGAGCUUUGUCAAAGAAUAUCUUCAGACCGGUGAAAGAGAACUUGAACGGGUUCAAAACAAGCUUCAAGCCACGAUGAAAGAUUUCAAGGAAGUUGUGGAUUAUUUUCAGUAGACGGGAGAAGGAGAAGAGGUUACCCCGCCUCUAUUUUUCGGUAUCUGGGGGAACUUCCUGGAGAUUUUCAAGAACUUUUGGAAAGCUGAGCAGAUCAACCUCGCGAAAAGGACCUUCAGUAAUGCAGAACAUCUUAAACAGAUAAGAGCAACAGCAUCCAAGUUCAAGAAACGUCGUACCAGCGACACAAAAGAUCCUAAGCGGAAAACAUCAAGUCCAUAAGAAUUCAAAUUUUCUUCCAUAAGAAAUUGUCUUCAACCACCUUGUUCCCAUUCACUGCAAUUGUAGAUAAUUCAUAUGAAGAUAAAGACAAAGUCACCAGUUUUUAGAUGAGCAGGUAUGAGAUGCACAAAGCCUCUGUUUUAAAACGAGGGUAAGUGCAAAGCUUUAAGGUACCUGUUAUCACGUUUUUGUAAUCAACAAGGGGCCAAAUAAAUCCUUAGCAACCCCUCUCCAAGCCACGCCCUUAUGUCAGGUUAGGAUACACGGCUUUAUCCAGUAGAAAUAACUUACUUGAUUGUCAAAUCAAAGUUGCUUCUAAAUGUAAAUAGUAUUCAUGCGAACCAUACAUAUACCAUAAGAAAGUAAGGAUGUAAAAUCGUCCGAACACCAGUUUAAUCACUCUGACAGCACGAGACCUCUAUACAUGUAUUAGUUUUGUAGAGGAAUCGUGUGAAACUAAUUUUUUACCCAGUGUCGAAACUAAGCCGUGGUUGGACUAAAACCAAUCGUUACCUGGGCACUUGCGUUUUCUUUCUCUUUAAGCAGUUAGAAGCUUUUUUUUUUUAUUCCUCAACAGCUGGUUAAGUGGCUGUUGAGGCUAGUUUGGUGUCAGCUUAACGCAACUUAUAUCGAGAUACGUUUUAUUCCAGAAUCUCUUUGCGUAUGAUCUCAGCUCUGCAAUUUAAGCUUAGCAGAAGCCAAUGUAAAUACACAAAUUAACUUCUCAUUUUUUAUAAUAAUUUAUUUAUAUUAUUGUAGAAACAGUAUUGAAUUGACUCGAUAUUCAUAGGAUGUAUAGCCUAUUGAACAAAAUCAUUCAUUAAGCCAUUUUCUACCUUCAUUAGCAAAUGGUAAACACCACAGCGUACACUAUUGAGUUAUGGAUGCACGCGGGAGGUUGCUAAUCACGAAAGAAGU